CUCUCUUCCUUCACUGUUUCCUGCUUCCUUCUCUCCUCUCACAGUAGCACACGGCAGCGCUCUUCAACAUGGGGAACUUUGCUGCCAACGAGGGACUAUCUAUCUUUGUUAUUGUUGAAUAUGGCGUGCGCUUGGAUGUCACAGCUGGUUUGGCUCGGCAUCAACGCGUUCCUGUUUGUCCACUUCUACAUGGCCUUCCUGGUGGAGAAGUGGUUCUACACCCGGGUCCUGCUGGGGCACGCUCUGCCCUGGGCCAGAGCGCCGGCCGCCUGCCUCAACUUCAACUGCAUGCUCAUCCUGCUGCCGGUGUGCAGGAACCUGCUCUCCUUCCUCCGCGGCACCAUCCAGUGCUGCAGCCGCACGGCAGCUCGACAACUGGACCGAAACAUCACGUUUCACAAGAUGGUGGCGUAUAUGAUCGCCUUCCACACAGCCGUGCACAUCAUUGCCCACUUGUUUAACUUUGAGUACUUCAUGGACGGCCAGCUGAACCGUGACGGCAGCCCCCUGACCUUCGUCCUGUCGGAGAUCGGCGGCGGGGACAACGCGUCCUUCCUGAACCCGAUCCGGAGCAACGAGACGAACCCAACCGUCGUCUUGUUCACCACCGUCGCCGGGCUGACGGGCGUGGCCAUCACGCUGGCCCUCAUCCUCAUCAUCACCUCGUCCAUGGAGGUCAUCCGCAGGUCCUACUUCGAGGUGUUCUGGUACACGCACCACCUCUUCGUGGUCUUCUUCGUGGGCCUGGUGUUCCACGGCUUCGGGCGCAUCGUGAGAGGACAGACGGCCACCAGCCUGGUCGCUGACCCCCCCAAGGAUUGUGCCGCCCGGUUUGAAACCUGGGGGAGCGACGGGUCCAACUGCACCACGCCGGCGUUCGCCGGAAACCCCCCGAUGACCUGGAAGUGGGUGGUGGGCCCCAUGAUCCUCUACGUGUGCGAGAGGCUCGUCCGCUUCUACCGGUCCCACCAGAAGGUGGUCAUCACCAAGGUGGUGAUGCACCCCUCCAAGACCCUGGAGCUGCAGAUGAAGAGGAAGGGCUUCCACAUGGAGGUGGGUCAGUACGUCUUCAUCCAGUGUCCGUCCGUCUCCGGGCUGGAGUGGCACCCCUUCACCCUGACCUCCGCCCCCGAGGAGGACUACUUCAGCGCCCACAUCCGCAUCGUAGGGGACUGGACCCAGGCGCUGUACGAGGCCUGCGUGGGAGACAAAACCAAACCUCAGGAGGCCUGGAAGCUGCCCAAGCUGGCCAUCGACGGGCCGUUCGGGACCGCCAGUGAAGACGUGUUCGGCUACGAGGUGGUGAUGCUGGUCGGCGCCGGUAUCGGCGUGACCCCCUUCGCCUCCAUCCUCAAGUCCGUGUGGUACAAACGGAUCCAACAGAACCAGGACGUGUUCACCAAGAAGAUCUACUUCUACUGGCUCUGCCCGGAGACGCAGGCCUUCGAGUGGUUUGCAGACCUGCUCCAGUCUCUGGAGGGUCAGAUGUCGGAGAAGGGCGUGACCGACUUCCUGAGCUACAACAUCUACCUGACCCGCUGGAAGGAGACCGAGGCGGCUCACUUCCGGGUCCACCACGAGGCGGAGAACGAUCCAAUCACAGGCCUCAAACAGAAGACGCUGUACGGGAAACCCAACUGGGACCACGAGUUCACCAACAUCGCCUCACAGCACCCGGGCACCAAGGUGGGGGUCUUCCUGUGCGGCCCCCCUCAGCUGGGGAAGUCUCUGGAGAAGCAGAGUCUGUCUCACUCGGAGGGCGACGUCAAGUUCAUCUUCAACAAAGAGAACUUCUGAGGACCAGCGAGAGGAAACCAGAGCAGCACAUCAGGGGUGUCAUACCGCGUUUCUUUUAAAGUAUUGUAUUGUAUGUUCUCCACGUUACCUUGUUCUCCUUUUUGCGUUACAUCAAGUGAAACUGCUGCUUUUAAAAUUUCCUUUUUGCAUUUACUUUUCGCCGUUUGUUGACACGGUCGUGUAUACAUACAGUAUACACAACAGCAAUACUACACAGGGUUUAAAUACGCUGCAACGUCGCCCUCGAGCAAGGCAGCAAAAGCUUCAAAGAAAACCUUCCGCUUUGAUUUUGCUUUAAAUGUUCCAACGAGUUUCACUUUUAUAUUCCAGAAGAUACUGUUCAUGAAUCCUGGGAGUUUUUUAUACAUAAGUGUAUUUGUAUUUGUGGAAAGCAGCCUUCUGGUUACAUUGUGUGAUUAAUGUAUUUUUAUUUAAAUUGUACCCAAACUAAACUAAUAUCUUUGGGGUUUUAAAUCAGAGAAAACAAGACACACUAUCUUUGUGUAUAUUUAUGUAUAUUUUCAAACAGGUCGAAGUGAAUUCUUCUUUUUUUUGGAUAAUAAACUUGAACUUUGAGAG